AUGCAGCCCGCAAGCAAGUCUACCGUGCAAGACCCGCGAGAAGCAGGUGCUUGUUCUCAGUGGGAACAGCCUGAUAGCUCCUCUGUGCGUAAAGAAAUGGAGGGUCCCGCAUCUAGACGUUGCAAAGGCGAGGCUGCGAGUCACGAGCUCCAAGAGAUGGACACCUCCCAACGUGAUAGUGAAGAAGGUGUUAUCAAGGACAAGCCAGAGGAGGCACCCGCUGAAAAAGACAAAACUAUGUGCGCAAAGAACAAUCGAGAGACGGGCCAACAGGAACAGCAUGGUGUCAAGUCCAAGGAUAACGCCGACAACACAGCUGGUCUUCCGGCAGGAACUGAGACUCUUGCACUUACCUUGUCAAACUGCUCUGGCCAGUCUACGCAGCCAAAGGGAGUUCCAGAAGCCAAUGCUAAAACAGGUUCUGUGGAGCGAGAGCCUGAACGUGAGGCAGAGGCUCUGCAUCAGGAUGUCAGCUCGAACGAUGCUCCAGUCAAGAGUGAGAAGCUGGAUGAGGUGCAUUCUUCUACUGUGGAAUCUUUGAGUGAGCCAGCAAAAGAGAUUCUCCAAGACAACGUCACUGGAAAGAGAGUCGAAUGUGCAGAGCUCGAACAAGCGGAGUAUCCUGGUCCAACAGUAGGACAAGGGAUAGAGUUUCAUGCAUCUCAAGGCACAAGCGCGACUUCUCAUGGGGAAAAGGACGAAGGCUAUAACCAGACUGUGGAUGUUACCGCUGGUGAGCCUGAUCACAACAACGUUGCCCAGUCGGCGGUUUCUCUUGAGAGUGGUGGAGUUCAAGGCGAGCCAUGCAGCGGACAUGCAUCACUGCAGACUACAGUCAGUGGCAAACCGGCGCAGAAAGACGAAGAGCCCCAUGCAACUCCAACCCCUGAACAAACGGCUGCUUCUCAUCAUCGCAAGGAGAGCUACGAGACCGCUAAGCUAGCCUUACAAGACACAAGGACGGAAGUCGAUGGAGAGAAGGCAACCACCAACCCUCCACAGCAACCCAAAUCCAUCUUGGUAGAUACACCACCUAAACACAAGAUGGACCAAACUCCACGUCACCACUCCUUUUCCACUCCUUUCAACUUUACCAGCAACUCGCCCUUAUUCCGCCAUUCAACGGGCGAUGUUCCCAUCCACUACCUCACCUCUAACGACUUUGCUCCAUACAACACGCUUGCGCCUGCGCCUCCGAGCCUCCUACAAGCAUCUAUUCCAGCAUACCCACAGCCGAAUUUCGACGAUGUCUUUAGCCGGCAACAGCAGCUACAGGCGCAAAUCGCGGAGAAAAAGCGGCAGCUCGAGCAUGUGCGGCGCCUGCAGGUAGAGAGAGCGUACCAGGCUCCAGACGCGUAUGGUUAUUCUGGCUUCUCUCCAAACCAGCACAGUGCUACUACUCCUUCAUUCCUCAUGGGUCCAUUGACGUAUCAGCGUGCUCCCCCGCAGCCCGGGUACCCGCAGCCUGGAUUCGGGAACGGGCCUGCGAAGUAUCAAGGGGGCCAGAUGCAGCCAUCGGUUCCUCAUGGGCAGAUGCCGGUGAAUUCCUACAUGGCGCCGUAUCCGACGCAGGGAUGCAAUAUGAUAGGCAUGCCGCUCCCGGGUUUGCGUACUACUGCACCAGAAUCUACGCCACAGCAGAGAGACGAUGAUCGCAUGGACGAAGACGACUGCGAGGAGGAAAUGCACAAAAGAGGCAGCUCAGAUGAUGACGAGCCGUUGAAAAUGCGAGUAAAACGACAUCCAUCCGGCACCAGUCCAACAGUGACAAUUUCCAAGCCCGAUUCUCCUGCACUGGCACUCCAGCACCAAGUCCAGCAUACAGAUACCGCUUCUACGCCGCUCGUCUCGCACCCUCCUCCUUCCACCACCACCCCCGCCUUCGACUGGAAACUCCCCCAAUACGACAUCCAAGUACAACCCCCGACCCCGACCAACGACCUUCCCAGCGCCAAGAUCUCGCUGCCCGGCCUCGUCCGCGAAGAACUACUCCUGUCGCCCGACCACGCCGACCAGGAAACCCAUCUCUUGCUCAACGUAUUCCUCCCUGCUCAGCGCGCCCUCGCAACACCCGAUCCGUGUCCCGCAGUUGCGCUCCUGAAUUUCCAUACUAUCGCCGUCAUGGUGAUUGAGGCGUACGUGCAGUUUGAAAUCGGGGAUGAGGAGCCGGGAAGCCGGAUUCGUACUCACGGUGGGAAUUCGCAGCACGUUGGCGGCGGUAGUGGUAGUGGUAGUGGUAGUAGUAGUAGUAGUAGUGCAGGUGCAGGAAGCAAGAAAACCAAAGCAAAAACUUCACACGAAACAGAAUACCCACGCACGCGCUCCGCCCGCAGCGCCAACCCCGACGAAAUCUUCUUCGCAGUCCUCGAUCGCUGGCGCGCGGGCCUCGAAAGCAACAAGAAGAAUCUCGAGUUGAUCCGCGGCAUCCAGGAGUUUUGCGAUGUAGCGCUCGAUGUGAUUUUUCAUGUCAAGGAGCAUGGGUUGCUGGGGCAUGAGGAUGGCGACGACGAGGAAGAAGAGAAUGCAGAGGAUGCAGGUGGUGAAUGUGAGGAGGGUGAUGCAGAUGCAGAUGACCAAGGUAUCCUGGAAACCCACAAGACUACAACUACUACAGCCAAGCCUAAACCAACCACAAAAGCAAAAACACAAGUACACGGCGUAAAACGCAAUCCAACAUCCAAACAGAAACAAAGCCAGCCCAGCAGGAAGAAAGUUAAACUUGGUCCUGAUGAGGGCACGACGAAGAAGAACAGUGGGAAUGAGAAUGGGAAAGGGAAUGGGAAAGGCAAAGGGAAAAAGGGGAAGCAGGCUGGGAUUACGGUUGUGAAGAGGAAGUAG